CCUCCUCCUCAGUCCAGGCGGGCAGGCGUCGGGCUGCGGCGGUGCGGAGCGCCUGGCGGGCCCCGGUCCUUCGCCCCAGCCCGAGCCCGAGCCCGAGCCGCCCCGCGCAGCUGCAGCCAUGAGGGAGAGGCGCGCGCCGCAGCCGGUGGUGGUCAGGUGCAAGCUGGUGCUGGUGGGGGACGUGCAGUGCGGGAAGACGGCGAUGCUGCAGGUGCUGGCGAAGGACUGCUACCCCGAGGGUCUCCCUACUAUGACAAUGUCCGUCCGCUCUGCUACAGCGACUCAGACGCAGUAUUGUUAUGCUUUGACAUCAGCCGUCCGGAGACAGUGGACAGUGCUCUCAAAAAGUGGCGGACAGAAAUCCUAGAUUAUUGCCCCAGCACCCGGGUUUUGCUCAUUGGCUGCAAGACAGACCUUCGAACAGACCUGAGCACGCUGAUGGAGCUGUCCCACCAGAAGCAGGCGCCUAUCUCCUACGAGCAGGGCUGUGCCAUAGCCAAGCAGCUGGGCGCAGACGUUUACCUGGAAGGCUCGGCUUUCACCUCCGAGAAGAGCGUGCACAGCAUCUUCCGGAUGGCGUCCAUGGUGUGUCUGAACAAGCCCGGCCCGGUGCCUCCCAAGAGCCCUGUCCGGGGCCUCUCCAAGCGGCUGCUCCAUCUGCCCAGUCGCUCCGAACUCAUCUCUUCGACCUUCAAGAAGGAGAAAGCUAAAAGCUGCUCCAUUAUGUGAAGUGGGAGCUGGAGCGGGGACAAGCCCCGCUUCCUCCCUUGGGUGCAGAGGCACGGGGAGAGGGAGGGUGAGGCAAUGUAAGACACUGGACACGAGUUUUUCCGAAGGCCGUGGUGAGGGCUUGGACGGAGACAGGAAUGGGAUGAGGAAGGGACCAGGCCCAGCCAGAGGACCUGGCACCGAGUGAGAACCAUCACACCCCAAGCCGAGCGCCAGGCGGAGGAGAGGGCAGUGGUCCCAGGCCCCCCAUUCCAGAGGAGGGGGCGUUUGGGGGCUCUGGGGGCGUGCUGGCCUCAUGGGCUUGGGGGCUUACAGGAGCCUCACCUACAGCAUCAUGCUCUUCCACACCGCGUUUCCAUGCAGGCGGGGGCGGAGGGCCCGGAGCUCGUCCUUCCCUUCCCGGGGCUGCCAGAGCAAGGGAGAGCGAGGAAGCCACGGGCAGCUCCUCGGGGAGCUCGGCCGGUGCUUCACAGCGGGAACCAGAGGGCAGGGCUGGUCAGAGCCGGAGCGGGAAGCUCAUUUGCAUAGCCCAUGCGUCAUGGGAGGUGUUAUCGCACAUUCACACGCUCCUCACCGAGUCCCCAGGGCCCAAGGGAGAAGCCCCAGACUCCCUUCUCCUGCAGACAGUGGGGUUGGUGGUGCUGCAGGGGCAGGCCUGGGAGGGGUGACCGGACUUUCCCUGCCCCUAGGGCAGCACAGCUGGUGGUUGUUUUAUAGACUCUUGUCUUUGGAAUUGGGGGGCGGGGGGAGUAUUUCAAUCUGUUCUAUGUUCUGUGUUUAAAGAAGAGAACCUAUUUAUUAAUGAAAAAUAUAAUACAUAUAAAGAAGUUGGCUCCA